AACGUGGAAAGGAGAAAGUUAUGAGACCGGGCACUGACAGCUUGGCUCACCCAAAAGCAGAGCUCCUUAAUAGGAGGCCGGAUUUCGCCCCAGGCUAGCCGCCCCCCUCUCCAAUAUUCCCUCACUUUCCUCAUUCAGUUCUGUCCUCCCGGGCAGUAGGGUCCCUUCCUCCAUUCUUGCUGCAUCAGCCAUUCCAUCGAUCUUAAGCCCAACCUCUCCUCCAGCCAGGGUUCCGUUCAGAGGCACCUCGCUGUCCCUCCUCCUCUGAACCCUGAGAUGUGCGGCCUUUCCUCCGCUGCACCUGCCUCUACGACAGUCCCCACUCCCUGCCUCUAAGGCACCCUAGUGUUCCGCCCUCCCAGUUUCACCCCCUCCUUCCCGGCGUCUCCGCCCCCUGUCCCUCCCGCUGCGCGGCUCUCAGAGAACGGGGAGUUGCUGUCGCCGCCGCCGCCGCCUCGGCUCCCCACAGCCGCUGCCGCCGCCGCUACGCUUAGUUCAGCCGCUAGGCCCAAUGCUCUGACUUUGGAGGACCAGAGCGCUCUGAAGAGACAUUCUCACUCCUUGCUGGGGGUCCGGGGCGCCUAGCCGGGCGUGGGGGGAAAGCUCUGCUUGCGGGGUACAGGGAGGGAAGAGCCUGGAACCGGAGCCAGCGCCAUCCGUCGCUGGAUCAACAAGACAGGGCAGGUUGAGGGGCGUCGGGGAAGAAAGAGGGGGUGUUAUGGGCAGUCCCAGGGAGGACGAGGAAGCCCUGUAGCAGAAACUGAUACGCUCUGACUUGUAGGGAGCCUGUUCACAUUUGGGGAUUGGUGACAACGUGGGUGCACUCCUCUCCUGGAGGCUGGUUGGAUAGGAGGGUGUGGGAUCUAAACAGUACCAGCUGUCCCCAAGUAAAUUAAGGGGCAGCCAGGGGAAAAAAAAAAAAACACCUGGAUGCUCCUCAUUUCAAGGUGACAGAGAACCCUCCAGACAACCAACUGGUAUAUAUACUAGUUAGGGUGGAUUUGGAGGUGACUUCAAAAGGAGUGGAGGGUAACAAGGUGAGGAAAGGGCCUCAGCCGCUGAACCGUGUGCCACUAUAAAUUGGGGUGAUUUGGUGAAAAAAGGGGUAUGGUCCAGAGACAGGGUCUGGGAACCCUUUUCACUAAAGGGGGACGGCCUGGAUGUUCUGAGACAUAGUUUCUGGGGAUUUCAGUUAAGAAAAGUGGAGAUCCUUUCCACUUACGGGGUGGCAAAGACACCGCAGUUGGGUUCCACUCUGACAUUGGCAAUGCCUCAGCAGAGGUGGGGUGAGCUAGUAUCUUCAAAGCUAAAGACCUGCACCCUUUAGAUUACAGGAGUAGAUGUGUCAGGAGCGCUGGGCCCCCAAAUAGUGUGGAAAGGUGCCUGGGGCGAUUAGAGCCACAUCUUGGAAAUUUUGAGGGUAUUGGCUUUGGUCAAGUGGGGAACAAGGAUACUGGAGAGCAAAGAGGGUAGCUUUCAGUAAGGGGCAAAAAACGAGGGUGGAGUCAACAGAGGUAGGUUGGCUGCUGGAUCUGGUGGAGCUAGCUCGGGGCACAAGGGUGGGAGCUGGCGGCUCCGAGUUGGGGGUCUGAGGCUUAUGCUCAAGUCCUGUGUGAGUCGGGACCGCAGCGUCAAGAGCAUGCCCUAGUGAGCGGGCUUCUGUGGAGAGCCCAGCGCGCUCCGGGCGCCUGCCGGUUUGGGGGUGUCUCCUCCCGGUGCGCCAUGGCGGCACUGGCCAGUAGCCUGAUCCGUCAGAAGAGGGAGGUCCGCGAGCCCGGGGGCAGCCGGCCGGUUUCGGCCCAGCGGCGCGUGUGUCCCCGCGGCACCAAGUCCCUUUGCCAGAAGCAGCUCCUCAUCCUGCUGUCCAAGGUGCGACUGUGCGGGGGGCGGCCCGCGCGACCGGCCCGCGGCCCGGAGCCUCAACUCAAAGGCAUCGUCACCAAACUGUUCUGCCGCCAGGGUUUCUACCUUCAGGCGAAUCCCGAUGGGAGCAUCCAGGGCACCCCAGAGGACACCAGCUCUUUCACCCACUUCAACCUGAUCCCCGUGGGCCUUCGUGUGGUCACCAUCCAGAGUGCCAAGCUGGGCCACUACAUGGCUAUGAAUGCUGAGGGGCUGCUCUACAGCUCGCCACAUUUCACAGCUGAGUGUCGCUUUAAGGAGUGUGUCUUUGAGAAUUACUAUGUCCUAUAUGCCUCUGCCCUCUAUCGCCAGUGCCAUUCUGGCCGGGCCUGGUACCUGGGCCUGGACAAGGAGGGCCAAGUCAUGAAGGGAAAUCGAGUCAAGAAGACCAAGGCAGCUGCCCACUUUGUGCCCAAGCUCCUGGAGGUGGCCAUGUACCGGGAGCCUUCUCUCCACAGUGUCCCUGAGACCUCCCCUUCCAGUCCCCCUGCCCCCUGAAAGCCCCCUGGACUGGAGGCUCCCUGCACUUGCACUGAGCCAGCCACCACCAUAGCCUGUCUCCCAGCCCUGUUCCUGCCCCUGCUCUCACCCCUGCAGCCACACUCAUGCCCUGAGCAGCCAAGUCCUACCAGGUGCUCUACCCUGAGGGAGCCCAGGGGCUGGCUGUGACUUCUGGGGCUGCAAGAUCCCUGGGCCUGGGAUGGGGUCAGAAAAGGGGAUGUCUGAAAAUGGUCCUGGCUGAUCACAUCUUUCCUUCCACACUCACAUAACCCCAAAGCCUUUUCCUGAGAUGGCGCUGGGUGUUUCCAAACUGAUGGAACCAGGGCAUAAAUACAUCCCACCCGGGGAUCAGCCAGUUCCCGGAACCGUAUGCCCUCUUCAUUGCCACUGAGCCAUAGAUUUAUAGGUCCACUGGAGCUCAGGAUUAGUUUUCUUUGUCCCCUACUCCACCUUCUGCCAUGUUCUGAACAGGUUCUGGAAUACCAGGCACCCCAGCCAGGGCCAUUUCUUCAUGAAGGCUCUGUGCUGGAAUGCAGGCAUGCUGCCAGGCUGUUCUGGAUCCAUCAAGCUUCUGUCCUUGACCCAGAUGGACCCUUGAUUUCUAAGUAGAGGGAGGCUAGAUUUGAGCCCUGUUCCAGCUGUUGGCCUUGGUCUAAACUGGUACUAGUCUCAGAUCACCACAGGUUUAACUUUCAAAAAAACCCAGUUCUAGAGCAUGGUGUUCUAGACACAUAUGGCGCCAUACUUCCAUCUGAAUCUCAGCUCUAGGACAUAGACCACAACUCUCAGCCCUUUCUUCCUGGAUGGAAUUGGGACCUAUAUAGCCAUAUUAUUGCUCUAGAGUAAUUUCUAGAUUCACCCUCCCACCUUCUCUAGUGUAUCUAUUAAAAACAAGCUCUGGAAAGGACCCAGCUAUGAUUCAUAAAGAACUAAACUCGGGAUGAAUCAAGAACCUCUUUCUUGUUUUUCCUAGAUUUUCUAAAAAUCUUAUUCUUCCUAUAGAAUGCAGACCUUAUUUUUUACAUGCAAUUUCUAGCUCCUGCAGCUCAUCUGGGGUCCUGACAGGGAAACAGAAUAUGAGGAAGGGCAGAGGAGUUUUAGGAGGAAUCCUUGGCUCAAGUGGGGAAGCUGGGAUGGGGAAGGGACUAAACCCAUGGCAUGAUUGGACCUGUGCCUAGAUUGGAGUGCCGUGAACACUUAGCUACCUCUGUAGGAUUCCUUCCAGAUCCCCUUUAAAGCUGAGGUCUUUGGGUAAUGGGUCUAGAAUGAAAAGGACAAAUGGGACAUAGAUUUAAACACCAGUGAGGAGACCCAAUUCAGCAAUAAGUCCCACCCCUUUCCCCUAUAGGUUAGGCUAAGGAGGGUGAGGGCCUCUUAGGCUCUAGACCUCAUAUACCCUCAGAGCUUCUAACUGAAUAGAACUUUCUUUACCUUGCAGCUUAUAAUCUUAGCUGGGUUUUAAGUACCCAAAAAGCGCCUGACUAGAUUUCUCUGAAAAGCAUGGAGAGGUAGGGGCAGGCCUGAAAAAGACCAGAAACCCACCAGGAACUAGGAGGGAGACUCUGAACAGCAUCUGACUUGGGCAGGGUAGACUGAGGAGGUCCUAAAGGAAGGGGCUAGGGCUCAGAGGCCGGCCACUUUUCCUCAGGCUCUUUCUACUUCUGGCUUGUUACAAGAGGAGUGGGUACUCCCCUCUCCCACACAGACCCCGCUCAGGCCCCACCCAUCUCCUGGGUUUGCUCUCAAGGGAUGGAGUCCCCACUCCAUGCUCUCAAUUAAAGACGAU